CGUCAUCAAGAGCUGCGUUGUUGCAGAGUCACUCUUGGGUUGAGUGUAAACAAGAGACUAGCGAGAGAAAAAUCUAGAAUAUUGUGUAUGCUUUAUUGAUUACUUCCAAUUAUUGUGAGUAGUUACUACAUUUACGUAGUAUCUAGGUCAAGUUAUGCCCGACGACAGCCUGUUAUCGGUCGAUUUAAAGCGAGUUUUUUCACAGAUAUCGUUUCUGCAGGCUGACUGGCUAACGUUAGCUUUGUGAGCACACAGACCCUCAUAACAGGAGAAACAAGCUCCUAUAUGUCUAGGCUUUACACGGGCUUUGGUCCUUUGGCCUUUUAAGGCUGUCUAACAUUAUGGCUGCUGUGGAGAAAGUAGAAAAGGAGUGUGAGGAGGAGACCCUGCAGACCGCUUUUAAGAAACUGCGUGUGGAUGCUGAAAGUUCCACAAACACAGUCCGCGUCUCGGAGUCUUUGGCUUCCAGAUUGGUUGUUCGAGGCAGUCCGGACGGAGCCAAAUCCAAGAUGACCUCCUCGAAAGAUAACUGGCUUGGAUGCACGAGAAAGUCGUCCAGAGGAAUUGUGAGAAGCCAGCGACGCAGACGAUCAAAAUCUCCGAUCCUUCAUCCUCCGAAGUUUACCUACUGCAGCAAAAUGUCCCCUCCUCCUGGACACCUGAAACACAAGACCCCGCCAGAGCCCGACGACACCAGCGGCGUCAAGAAAGAAGUGGCGUUCUCUGCCCCGUGCUCCACUGUAUUCGGGGUCGUUGGGUAUGAAACCCAUCUCCCUUAUCCUAAGGGUCAGGAGCCGCCCCUCAGUCCGAGAAAGCCGUCGGAUGACGAGAGCUCUCCCGAAAACAGGCCCGCUUUAGGAUGUGGGCCGGGAUCUCAGGAGGCGGGCGAAGGUAAGGCUGUUCCGCCUGACUUUAAAACUCUGUCCAAGUUGCAGGAAGCCGGUCAGUGCCCGUGUGGGCAACGAGAAUGCCAGUGUCCCGGUUGGCAGGGGGUCGAGGUUUACUCAUUCACCGGCCUUCGUGACGUGAUCUCCGAAUGUGAACUUCCGAACAGCAGAACUUCCAUUGGGAGUAAUAACGGAACUUCCAGCUCCCCUCGGUCUUGUUCCGAACAGGCCCGCGCCUACGUGGAUGACAUCACAAUAGAGGACCUUUCCGGAUACAUGGAAUAUUACCUUUACAUCCCCAAGAAGAUGUCGCACAUGGCCGAGAUGAUGUACACCUGAAAAAUGAAAUUUAACGAAGCAAAUUGAAGUAUCAUUAAAGAUGGAUAAUGGGUACUUUUAAGAAAAAACCAUUGAUUUAUUUAAAAAGAAUAAUAAAAAAUAGUAAUGAAGAUGUUAUCUAAAUGCAGUUCUACUUGUAUGGAGGAUUUAUGAUGUUUGUUCUUUCUCCAGAACAUCCGGACAACACGUGCUGACUAAGAAUCAUGGGAGCAUGACUCAUUCUGUGAUUUACUGCUAACUUUCCUUUGUUUUUGUUUGAUUUUUCUUGAUAACUGUUAUGUUUGGUUUACAUUUUAAAGUUGCCAAAGGUCUAUCCCAGAGACUGCAGGUUUGAUUUCACUGAUAUAUGCAAACUUCCACAAUGCCAUUGCCAUGUGAUAAUUCUGUUCACCGUGACCGAGGCUGUGAUGUCAUCUUAAUUUUCAAUAAAACCGCAUUUUGGGGAUUGUUCAUGA